CAGAUCAAUUACUUGACAUGGGAUUCCGUGAUGCAAUUGAAGACAUUAUUUCAUGUUUUCCAAAAGAGCGUCAAACUUUUUUCUUUUCAGCAACUGUGUCAAAAGAAAUUCGACAAGUCGCUAGGUUUGCAUUAAACCCAGACCACAUGUUUAUUGAUACAGUUGAUCCAAACGAUGUUAACACAAAUCUUCAAGUCAAACAAUCAUACCUUGUCUCACCAUACACGUCUCAACUUCACAUCAUUCGUAAAAUAAUCGCUGAUCAUAAAUUGUUACAUCAAAAUACAAAAAUAAUAAUGUUUUUACCAACCAAAUCACAAACCAUCCUUUAUGCAAGUUUUAUUCGAAGUCUUCGAGAUUUAGAAGUGUUUGAACUUCAUUCCGGGAAGACACAAGAUUAUAGAACCAGAAUCUCGGAGAGGUGUCAUGUUUCUGCUCGAGGAGUUGACUAUCCAGGUGUAACAUUGGUGCUUCAGAUAGGUGCACCAUCUUCACGCGAACAAUAUAUUCAUCGGCUUGGCAGAACAGGUCGUGCUGGUAAAGAAGGUGAAG